AUGCAAUUAGAGAGUCUCACUUACCCAGCUUGCCCAGGAGGGCCAGUACAUAAAUGGGCAGAGCCCAGGAGGGUGGCUGCUGCCCUGGCCAGCAUGCAGACCCCCAGCAAACCCUGCCUCAGCUUGAAGCUGCGGGAAGUGGCCUCCAUGUACUUCACCGCCGUCGCCGUCCUCAUGGUCAUCCUGGUGGUGGCCCUGCAGGGCUCGCUUCCUCGGGGCAAUGACUUCCCCUACAAGGUGCCCCUGGAUCCCCAGGGGCUGCUGGAGCUCUCCUGGAACGUCAGCUACCCCCAGCAAGCCCUGCACUUCCAGCUGCUGGUCAGGGAGCCGCGGGCAGGGCUCCUCUUCGGCAUGUCGGACCGGGGCGAGUUCGAGAACGCAGACCUGGCUGUGCUCUGGAGCGAUGGACGCAGCUCCUACUUCGGGGAUGCCUGGAGUGAUGCCAAGGGGCAGCUCCACCUGGACUCGCAGCAGGACUACCAGCUCCUCGGGGCUCGGAAGGCUCCUGAGGGGCUCUACCUCCUCUUCAGGAGAGCCUUCAGCACCUGUGACCCCAAGGACUACCUGAUAGAGGACGGCACCGUGCACCUCAUCUACGGCAUCCUGGAGAAACCCGUGCCCUCCCUCCAGGCCAUCAACGUCUCUGCCCUGCCCAGGGGACUGCAGAGGGUGCAGCUGCUCAAGCCCAACAUCAGCAUCCCCGAGCUGCCCAGGGACAUGGAGACCAUGGAGAUCACAGCCCCCGGCGUGGUCAUUCCGAGCCAGGAGACUACUUACUGGUGCUACAUGGCAGAGCUCCCGGACGGCUUCCCCAAGCAUCACAUCAUCAAGUACGAGGCAGUGAUCACAGCAGGCAACGAGGCCCUGGUGCACCACAUGGAGGUCUUCCAGUGCGCUGCAGAGUUCGACAGCUUCCCCCACUACAGCGGCCCCUGCGACUCCAAGAUGAAGCCAGAGAGACUCAACUACUGCAGGCAUGUGCUUGCAGCGUGGGCCAUGGGAGCACAGGCUUUCUACUACCCUGAAGAAGCAGGGCUGGCCUUUGGGGGGCCAGGCUCCUCCAGGUACCUGCGCCUCGAGGUUCAUUACCACAAUCCCCUGGUCAUCAAAGGCCGCAGAGACUCCUCGGGGAUCCGCCUGUACUACACCGCCAGGCUGCGCCCCCACGACGCCGGCAUCAUGGAGCUGGGCUUGGUCUACAGCCCCGUGAUGGCCAUCCCCCCGGGGCAGCACAGCUUCACCCUCACUGGCUACUGCACCGACAAGUGCACCCAGCUGGCUCUACCUGCUGCUGGCAUCAGGAUCUUUGCCUCCCAGCUGCACACUCACCUGGCAGGAAGGAAAGUGGUGACAGUGCUGGCCAGGGCUGGCAGAGAGCAGCAGGUUGUGAAUGCUGAUGGUCACUACAGCCCUCACUUCCAGGAGAUCCGCAUGCUGAAGGAGGUGGUCGCAGUUUUCCCAGGCGAUGAACUCAUCACAACCUGCACCUACAACACGGAGGACCGGAGCAGAGCCACGGUGGGUGGGUUUGGCAUCAUGGAGGAGAUGUGUGUCAACUACGUGCACUACUACCCCCAGACACAGCUGGAGCUCUGCAAGAGUGCUGUGGACCCAGGCUACCUGCACAGAUACUUCAACCUUGUCAACAGGUUCAACGACGAGGAGGUCUGCAUGUGCCCACAGGUCUCCAUCCCACAGCAGUUCUACUCUGUCCCCUGGAACUCCUUCAACAGAGAGGUCCUGAGCUCCCUCUACGCCUUCGCUCCCAUCUCCGUGCACUGCAACGAGUCCUCAGCCGUCCGCUUCCCGGGGCAGUGGGAGAAGCAGCCACUUCCCACCAUCACCAAGAGGCUGCCGGAGCCAGUCCCUCAGUGCCCACCCGGCCCAGCCCCUCAGCCAGCUGCCCCCAUCCCCCUCGACCUGGGCAAGCUCAGGAGGGACUGA